AUGGCAAAGAAAAACGCCAACAAAAAUCAGAAGGAGAGCAAGGAGGACCUUGAUAAGUUUGCCAAGGAACUUGAAGGAAGCGAUUCUGACGAUGACGCCGUGGUAAUUGAGAAAGAGCCCGACGCAACUCCGCAGGUGGUCACUCAACCAACUGAGAGUUCGCCUGAAAAUAAAAAGACUACUGAAAUGCUCAGCGACGCUGAAAAGGAGAUUCUUCGCGAGGAACUUCUCAAGACCGAAGACGAAAUUGCUACUCUCAAGCAGGUUUUGACUGCUAGACAGAAGCACGCAGGGGAAUUAAAGAGAAAGUUGGGAUUGUCUCCAUUCACUGAGUUGUCGCAGGACAUCAAUAGAAGCAUUAAAGUUGUCACCGAGACAGAAGCCUUCCAAAAAACCGCUGAAGUUGCAGCUGCGACUACUGAUACUGUCAAGGAGAAGUGGAAUGAUAUGAGAAACUCUUCUCUCUUCAAAUCGUUUGAAUCAAAGCUAGGAACUGCUUACAAUCAGGCUAAGAUGGCUGCGUCUACUUCAAUCGAUCAUUUGGCGGGAGCCGCACGCAAUUCGAGCACUGUCGCUACCCCAGUCGCCGAGGAAGCCAAACCAAUCUCCUAA